AUGAGCCGCAGCUCCGAGGUGGUCGACUUAAUCGCCGGGACGCACGUGCCGCAGCCCUUCGAACAUGGCGACAAGAAGGAUGAUGGGAAAUCGCUGGUGGAGAAGGCUGUCCAGAGCCUCUCGGCGAACCCGCUGUUCAGCGCCGGCGCUGGGCUCGCCGGAAUAGGUAUGGCCGCAACACUACUGAAGCGAUUUGCGGUCAUUGGGGCGAUGUUGUUGCGGAGGCGCUAUGUCGUCUCCUUGCAGCUCAAUAACGAGGAUCCGGCCUAUUCCUGGCUGCUCGACUUCAUCAACCGCCACAGUCACCGCUCUGCCCGCAUGCUCUCCGGACACACUUCUCUACAGGUGGGAGAGAGUGGAAAGGCAGCCGUAUCUAUCGCUUCGCUUCCAGGGCACGGCAACCACUAUUUUGCCUACAAAUAUCGUUGGAUCCAUUGUGAAAGAACGCGGGAAGAGCAAACUGUGCAGAUCGACGGCCGGCGCACCCCGUUCGAGACUGUCACGCUGACGACGUUGGGCACUGAGCCCAAGUUUUUGCUACGAAUGGUCGAGGAUGCGGCGACAGAGGCGCUGGCUAAGAUGGAUACUGGCUUGGUCGUCUACAAAGCGAUAGGCGCGGAAUGGCGGAGAUCAGGAGCUCCGCGCCCGAAGAGAAAACUGGAGUCUGUCGUGCUGCAGCAUGGUGCCGAGCAUCGCAUCGUGGACGACAUCGAAGAAUAUGUUGGCUCGAGAAAAUGGUACGAGGAGCGCGGGAUUCCGUAUCGGCGUGGGUACCUCUUCUAUGGGCCGCCUGGAACCGGGAAAAGCAGCUUCAUCACAUGCCUGGCUAGCCAUCUCGGCUAUUCGGUUUGCAUCAUGUCGCUUAGCGACCGCUUGUUAGAUGAUGACAGAUUGAAUUACUUGCUGAACACGCCGCCCCGGAAUUCGAUCGUGAUUCUCGAGGACAUUGACGCGGCUACGACAAACCGACAUGAUAAGAAGAACGAUGACCCGAUGUAUGCUGGGAUGACAAGGGUGACAAUGUCGGGCCUGUUGAAUGCGAUUGACGGGGUGGGAUGUGCCGAGGAACGGCUACUAUUCAUGACGACAAAUCACGUGGAAAGACUCGAUCCGGCACUGAUUAGACCGGGGCGAGUGGAUGUCAAAGAAUACUUUGGGAAUGCAGACCAAGAAAUGAUGGAAAAGAUGUUUAUCAAUUUCUAUGGAGCGUCGGCAACAUCGCCAGAUGCGGUUCGUUUUGGACUCGAGGCGUCUACGCUUGGAACCCCAUUGUCCCCAGCUACUUUACAGGGGCAUUUUCUGCUUUACAAGAAGGACCCGGACGCCGCGAUCCAAAACGCGAAGGAGAUGCUCAGAAAUCUGACAAUA